UUGAUCAAAUUAAGUCCAGCGUGAGGAGAAGAAAUGGUUAAAGAAAUGUCUCAAGUAUACUCCCAUCCAUCUAAUCAGACGUUGUGUGCAGCUACAAAUGGUACAGAACUGAAAUCAAUCAUUGAUAAUGGAACAACAAAUGAAAAAUGGACUGAAGACUCCUUUCCAGGAUUAGAAAUACUGUGCACAAUUUAUGUUACAUAUGCUGUCAUCAUUUCAGUGGGUCUCCUUGGAAAUGCUAUACUCAUCAAAGUCUUUUUCAAGAUUAAGUCGAUGCAGACAGUUCCAAACAUCUUCAUCACCAGCUUGGCAUUUGGAGACCUGCUGCUUUUAUUAACUUGUGUGCCUGUAGAUGCAACACGGUACGUUGUGGAUACCUGGCUCUUCGGAAGAAUUGGGUGCAAGCUGCUGUCUUUCAUCCAGUUAACCUCAGUUGGAGUAUCAGUGUUCACACUGACUGUUCUCAGUGCUGACAGGUACAGAGCCAUUGUUAAGCCCCUGGAGCUGCAGACCUCGGACGCGCUCCUGAAGACCUGCUGUAAAGCUGGCUGCGUCUGGAUUGUCUCCAUGGUAUUUGCUAUCCCAGAGGCUGUUUUUUCAGAUUUAUAUUCUUUCAGCAAUCCCGAGAAAAAUGUAACUUUUGAGGCAUGCGCUCCAUACCCUGUAUCUGAGAAGAUACUGCAGGAAGUGCACUCCCUGGUUUGCUUCCUCGUGUUCUACAUUGUGCCACUGGCUGUCAUUUCUGUCUAUUAUUUUCUUAUCGCCAGAACUUUAUACAAAAGUACAUUCAACAUGCCAGCAGAAGAACAUGGUCAUGCCCGUAAGCAGAUUGAAUCCCGCAAGAGAGUUGCAAAAACAGUGCUGGUGCUUGUUGCUUUGUUUGCCUUUUGCUGGUUGCCCAACCACAUCCUCUACCUAUACCGCUCUUUUACAUACCAUACUUCUGUAGAUGCUUCUACCUUUCAUCUGAUAGUUACUAUUUUUUCCCGUGCCUUGGCCUUCAGCAAUUCCUGUGUCAAUCCUUUUGCUCUUUAUUGGCUGAGUAAAAGUUUCCGGCAACAUUUUAAGAAGCAAGUCUCGUGCUGCAAGGCCAAGCUUCGCACAAAGCCUCCCAGCGCUCCCCACAGCAAUUCACCCACCAGAGCUUUGUCAGUCACAGGCAGCAUGCACGGCUCGGAAAUCAGUGUUACACUGCUGACAGAUUACAGCAUCACAAAAGAAGAGGAAAGUGUUUAGUCUGUUUGCGAUGAAGAAGGACAGAAACUGAGCAUUUGCAGUCAAGUCACUACUGCCUGCAUCAUGGAAGGAGGUGCUCUGCCUCUGAAAGGAUUUUCAUCAGGAGUUCCUAAGUUUUUUAAAAUAUACAACAAAGAAAGCAAAGCGUGUGCAAGAAGCUAAAGCAGCUGAAAUUUUCAGUGUAAGCUCAAAGGAAUUGCUCACGUGCCCAAGCAUGAACACGCACCUUUGGUUGAGGUUCAUGUGCUGAGCAGGACAGUAAAGUUGCUGUGAGAAUUGGCCAUGGGGAUUGCUUUGUUCUUGGUGAUUUGUUCUUUCAGUUGUGACUGGAAGCUCCCUUCUGUCAAGUCUAAAGCAUGCGAGGAAACCAUGCACAUUGAUCAAACCAUCAGCCCGGCAGGUUUUUGAUUUAUUUUCUUUCUGGUCCCAAAUGUUUAAAAUUGGUACAUGCAUUUGGAAAUAAGCUAAAAUGAGAGAAAGGUAAAGCUUGUAGCAUGGUGUAAUAAAAAAGAAAAAGCAUUAUUGCCAGA